AUGCUUUUAACUCCUUCAUCAUCAUCAAAUAAUAGUUUUAAAACAGCCACAUUAAAUUUAAAUAAUUCAUCAAAUACACCAAAUUCUUGUUCAUUUAUUGCUUCAAAUACUAACACAACCACUAAUAACAAUAACAUUCCCAGAGUACUAUCAUCCCCAUAUAGCUUAAAACCUUCCAUAGAUCAUAAUUUUGAAAUUAAUGGUACAACAAUUGAUAACAUAGAUAAAUCAUCAAAUUUUUAUAAAUUAAUAAUGGAUUUAAAACAAUUAUUAAAAGGCAAAGGACUAGCUUCCAAGGACAUAGAUAUAGAAAAAGUUAAAAAAUUAAUGAAUGAAUAUGAUACCAACGAAAAAGAUUGGGAUCAUUUAGCAUUACAUGAUUUAACAAGAAAUUAUUCAAGAAAUGGUAUUAUAAAUUUAAAUGGUAAUGCAAAUUUAUUAAUUUUAUGUUGGUCACCUUUAAAAUCAAGUGCAAUACAUGAUCAUGCUGAUGCUCAUUGUUGUAUGAAAAUUUUAAAAGGUAAAUUAAUUGAAUCAUUAUAUGAUAUUCCUAAAUCAGAUGGUCAUAAAUUAAAUUGUAAAAAACAAACAACACUUCAUAAAAAUGAAGUUGGUUAUAUAUCUGAUGAUAUUGGUUUACAUAAAAUAAGUAAUCCCCUAGAAAAUGAAAUAAGUGUAUCAUUACAUUUAUAUACCCCACCUUAUGCUGCUAUGUAUGGUUGUUCAAUGUAUGAAGCUAACAAUGGUAAAAAACAUCAUGUUGAUAUGUCUAAAUAUUAUAGUUGGCAAGGUAAAUUAAUUAAUGAAAAAGAAUCACUGAAUUGUUAA